UCUGUAUCAAAUUUUAUACACAUUGUAAAAAAGAGUGUCGUGGAAAACAAUUUUGUUUAUAAGAUAAUAAAAUUAUGCGUCAUUAUUCAUCUGUCAAACGUUUUAAAAGAUCUUAAAAUAUUAUCUAAAAUUUUUUAAAUUAUUAUUGUAUUCAAAUCUGCGCGCUCUUUGUGACGUCAAGAGACUGCAUUCUCCGAAAGAUUUUCGACCUCUGUCGGCGAUUCUAGUGUGUGGUGUGUGGCGGGCGCAGCCAUAUUGAUAGUAAGAAAAGUGUACAGUAUUGGAAUUUUGUGUUAGGUGCUGUGAAUAAGAAAUCUGAAAUCAUCUCAAAAAUGUCCGAGCGGGAGGAUAAUGUAUAUAAGGCAAAAUUAGCCGAACAAGCAGAGAGAUACGAUGAAAUGGUGGAAGCCAUGAAGAAGGUAGCGAAGCUGGACUUGGAACUGACUGUAGAAGAAAGGAAUCUCCUCUCCGUAGCUUAUAAAAAUGUCAUUGGUGCAAGGAGAGCAUCGUGGCGUAUAAUUUCCUCCAUAGAACAGAAAGAAGAAUCAAAAGGUACUGAUGAUAAGCUAGAAAUGAUCCGCCAGUAUCGUUCCCAAGUAGAAAAAGAACUUAGAGAUAUUUGCUCAGACAUUCUUGGAGUACUAGACAAACAUUUGAUACCUGCCGCCUCCUCCGGAGAAUCCAAGGUCUUCUAUUAUAAAAUGAAGGGCGAUUACCACAGAUACUUGGCAGAAUUUGCCACUGGAAACGAUCGCAAGGACGCUGCCGAACAUUCUCUAGUUGCUUACAAAUCGGCCAGUGACAUCGCCAUGACAGAGUUAGCGCCAACACAUCCCAUCAGACUGGGUCUUGCGCUCAACUUCUCCGUCUUCUAUUACGAGAUUCUGAACAGCCCAGAUCGGGCAUGUCGUUUGGCCAAAGCUGCUUUCGAUGACGCAAUCGCUGAGUUGGAUACCCUUUCCGAGGAGAGUUACAAGGAUAGUACGUUAAUAAUGCAGCUUUUGAGGGACAAUCUCACCCUCUGGACCAGUGAUAUGCAAUUAGAGUCUGAAGAAGGCAACAAAGAGCAAUUACAAGACGUAGAAGACCAAGAUGUAUCAUAACUUGGAAAUGUCACAUGAGGCAAUAUAUCGAACUGUUGAGUGCUGUGUAGUGCGGGGCAUUGCCCAGACAUUGUGAAAGGGGGACGGGGCAAGUAGACAAACAACUUGCCCCAACCAUCCUAGUACAUACUGUAUUAUUAUUAUUAUUACUAGCUGUAACAAUAUAUUCUGUAACUGUUUUGUCUCUCCCAAAUGAAUGCGAAUGAAUGAAUGGAAUAACCAAUUUGUCCCGGCCGAUUUGCGGACGACCGAUCAACUUAUAUCAAAAAUGAGCACUAAAGCUUUUGAACGGAUUCCUUCUUACCAACUGUCAGACUAUACAAGUGCAUAUUUUUACAGUUAUUUAUAAAAAUGAUGUUUUUGUUAACUUAUUAUAUGUUUAUCAAUUAAAAAUUGAUAUUGUCACAGUUUGACCAUCGGGAUAUUCAUUUUUAAACAGCAGCUGACAGUUGGGAGGGGUGUCGAUUGAUGUUUAAAAAUGUUAGUGCGCAUAGGUGAUUCGCAAUCUCGGAUAGGAAUCAAGUGGAUGUACUAGAACCUUACGCUUUAGAUAUUUAAUGUUGGAUUCUUUUGUAUUUUUAUCUUAAAUAAAAUUUAAUAGUAUUUAAAAUGAUUCGUUACCGUUUUGGUAUGAUCAUAUAAUUGAUGCAGAAAUGUUCAUAUACCUCAGUGUGAAAUAUUUACUAUCUUAAGGAAUUUAUGUAGGCAGCAGCAUGGACAUUGUACUCAAGUUUUAGUUUAUCUCAAAAAGACUGUAUCGAAAAGUAUUAUCCAACAUUUCGAGAUUAUUUUAUUCGAUGAAACUGCGUUUUUAAUAAUCACUUUUUAAUUAACCUUGAUAGAGGCUUCUCAAAUUUUAUGUCAAACACGAAAAAAACAUUAAAGUAUAUUUUGACAACUUUUUUUAUUUUUUUUAUAUCUGUGACUAAUAAAAUUAUUAAAAAGUCGGUAUUUUUAAUCGAAAACUGCAGAUAAUACAUAUUUAAAAAUAUUUCCAUCAUUAUAAUCAGUCUUUCAAUAUAUGAAUAAAAAUAGCAUUUUUAUAUACAAUAACCUGGAGGCGGGUCACAGGCUUCAUGUGCAACACUUAACACCUUCAGCUCCAGGCCAAUAUCUGAUAUUUGCCACAUGUGUCACUUUUAUACAGUCAUUGGAAAAUUGUUGAAUUGUAAACACGGUAGCCGUGUCGGUGGCACCUGAUUGAUAAGAGAAUGAACACGGGAGCCGUGUCGGCAGACUUGAAAGUGUUUUGAGGAAAAGUUUGUUUUAAUAAUCAAUAUUUCGUCCUAUUAGAGGUAACACUCACUAACUACACUUUUCAGAAAGGGGAGAAAAAUCGAUUUAAAGGUACAAAUUGUUCUUUAAAUUCACCUGACUUGAAUAUUGGAAUUUUUUUAAUGCAACUUAAAAGAAUAAAUAAAAACAGAUAUUUGAGCCAUAGUUCGUCACAGGAACUAUGAUACAAUCAAUAUUAGAUAAAUUUUUGUACUUAAUGAGUUUUUCCAUGAACACAGUUAUUGGAUAUUGAUAUCCUAUCAGAGGUAAAACUCACUAAGUACACUUUGUACUUGAUGAGUUUUUCCUUGAACACAAUUAUUGGAUAUUGAGAACUUAAUGAAUUUGUCUCCAUAAAAUUUCGCUGACUUACAACAAACGAACUAUCAAAAAUAAUAGGCUGUUAUUUAAAAAAUUAACAAUAAGUUUCAUUCUUCGAAAAUAAAUGCAAUUCUUUCGGUAUUUAUGACAGCCACAACAGUCGCCUGCCUAAUUGCAAAAUACAUUAUGUUACCUUUUAUGUAAGCUAUCACGGUUACAAAGAAAUUUAAUCUCAUAUUUCUUUAAUAAUAAUCAAUUGCUGAACAGAUAAUGCACACAAAUAUAAUGUACACUUUCAACAGUGCAAUGUAACACACAAGUCGCCUGCUGAAUCGCAAAAUAAAUUAUGUUAUCUAAUGUAUUGUUUGAAAGACCACUAAGUACCGAUUCGGCAUUCCAGAUUGUAAGGAAAAAUGCAAUAAGUGCAAUAAUGAGUUUUACCAUGAAACCGAAAUUCACAAUCUUGGAAGGAAAAAUUCACUAAGUGCAAUAAUACGUUUUAAUGAGUUUUGCCCUGAAACCAAAAUUCACAAUAAUGCACUUAGUGAAUUGUACCAUAAAUUAUCUCAGCAAUUAGAAGGGUUAGAGUCCCAGGUGACUUCUCCAGAGCUGGGCAGUACCGUAUCGAGUUCAAAUUAAUAAAAAUGUCAAUAUCUCAAAAAAGUGCACUUAGUUAGUUUUACCUCUAAUAGGACGAUUUGUCUUGUUUUAUCCAUUAUGAUACAUUCACUUCAUUAUGUACAAGCUUAUCGAUAUUUGGGUAAGUGUCGACUAGGCAGAGUCAGUUCAAUUACUAUUUCUUCCUUGAGUGUUAUGCUUCCAUCAUCAGCCAAGUUAAUGUUGUAUAAGUAUCAUACUCCAUAUCAUAGACAAAUAUUCUUCAGUCACAAAAUAUGGCUCAGUAAUAGAAGAAGAGAAGAUAGAAGGACUGGAUGGCAGAGAACUUGAGAAAGUGAAAUACACACUACAAAAACUUUCAAUGCCAGUCUUUUGAGAUACAUAUUUGGUCAUUAGGUGAUAUUCAGAUUUUGCGAUAUUACAUAUUGUAGGACUGGUAUGGGAGGAGAUUCCUACAGGCAAAAGACCACUCGGACGUCCCAGAAUGUGAUGGAGAGAUAACAUCCAAGCAGAUCUCCGAAAAAUGAACAUCCCAUUUGACCCUAGGUUGAUGGAAGACCAAACAAAUUGGAAGAAAGUUGUACAGUCAGCCAGGACCCACCCAGGGUUGUAGCGCUACGUGAUGAUGAUGAUAUUACAUAUUGACGGACGUUUCACUUGAUGUUUUGUUUGAAAAUGAAUCAUGACGUGUGUGUAAAGAUAUAAUGUAACAACUAUAUGUUUAUGUAUUAGUUCGAACUCAAGUCUUACUGUUACUGUAGGACUGUUUCGGUCAUGUAAUGAGACAUCUAGAGAGGUAUAACCUUCUACACCUCAUAAUACAGGGCAAAAUCGCCGGAAGAAGAAGCCCAGGCCGAAGAAGAAUCCGGUAUUAAGAGACCACCGCUAUCUGUUUAGAGCUGCCAUAAACAAAGUUAUUAUUGCCAAUGUUCGAUAAUCGGACAGGGUACUGAAAGAAGAAAAAUGGGACUGUUUUGAAGUUACUAAUACCACAAAUUUUGUGUAUUUUGAUAACGAUUUCCGACGUGGCAAUCGAAACAUCAAAUAAACUUAAUUUCAGACUAAAAUUGUGGCUUAUUAUACAUCCCAACGUAAAGGUCUUAAAUUUAUUAAAAUCUUCAUCUGUAGUUUUAUUUCUAAUGUAUAAGUAGAUUGAACUAAAUAUAUGCAUAAACGUAAAAGUUCUAUCGAAAGCUGGCAUUUAAAAUUGAACGAUGAGGGUGCAAUGUCCAUCGACUUAUUUUAUUUCCACCUCUGACCAAUUGAAGUGAUUUAAGAAAAUGUAUUUUAUAUUUCCUUUUGGUAUUUACGCUUAAAACGACUUUCCGCUUUGUGCUACUCUUGCAGAGCUAGACCAUAGCGCUGAUUGAUCAUCAUUUUAUUCGUUUCGGUAUGGAUACGUUAUUUUUUGAAAAACACGCAUAUAUCUGUACAAAUUGCAUUUCGUUUUUUGUAAUUUUUUAAACCAAUAACUUAAGUAUUUAUUUGCAUUUCGUAGAGCAAUAAUACUGAUGAUAUCACUAGAUAUACAGGAUGUAACACAAAAAGUUAACCUACGAAUUUAAUGUUAAAAAUAUUCAUUUUUCGAAGUUAGGUUUUGCAUCCAUACAUUUUUUAGAGGGAUAAAAGCAUAUUUGUACACCACGUUUAAUGUAAAAUCUAUUUUGUGGUGCAGUACAUGUUAUAUAAGCUGAGUUGUAGGGCGGAUUCAUGUGUUUUAACAUAUGUACGGGCAAAUAAAGAUCUGGUCAAAGUCGACUGACUGACAGCCUUUUUCUCCAGUUUAGGAACUAGUGAAGAUAACUUGAUCAUUCGGGCGUUAAUAUUUCGAGUUUAUAGAUACAAAAAUACAUCUGAGUGUCAACUUUCAAACAUCUAUUGUGGUUCUAGCAUUCCACCGUAGAAUACUGGCAUAUUAUGGGACUCACAACCAUCUAAGAUCAAGGUUGUUUCCGAUCUGAUGUUACAUAUUAUAAAGAUAUCAAUUAAACAAUCGAAUCCUGAUUAAGAAGAGUUGAUGGCACCAGGAACUAACCCCAGAUAGCCCCUAGGUAGGGCUUCCAGGUCUGGUGAUGGGUUACCUGGAAAGCAGAGGUGUAACCAGGAUGAUCAUCCUAGGGGGGGGUUACAUCUACUUGAAGGUUUCUGGUGGGUAUAGACUAAUAAUGGUGUUAAGCGUAUAGAGCUCAAAGUACAUCCAAAGGGGGGGUUAUAACCCCCAAAACCACCCCCUGGUUACACCUAUGCUGGAAAGUUAGAAUGUUUGUCACUGACUGAUUUAACACAAAUGAAAGAUCUAUUUAAAUUUGAUUCUCCCUUCAUCCCUUGUAAGUUUAUGACAAAAAUUUCAAAUGUCAAGUCAUCGGGUAACCUGCGCAGUUUGUCUAAAAUUAGACUAUUGAGUUUAACGCAUGCGUACUAUACUACUUUUGUUCACAAGAUACGUGUGUCUGAAACUGGCGUCUAAGCUUAUCUUGACAAUGAACGUAGUAUAUAAUCUUUGUGGUUCUUUAAAUUAGGGGUACAGCGAAUCCCUACUGCUCGAUUUCUUGUGCAAUUUGUACUGGAAGAGUUUGAAAAUAUGCAAUAUAUGAACGGUAUUAUUUAACUAUAUUUUUAUCCCCAAGUGUCACUAAAAUAUAGCUUAAACGAUAUUUAAAGUGUAACUUAACAUAACUAUUCUAUUCCAUUAAACACUAAGGUAGUUACUUUUAGAAAUAGCUUAUGUGUUGGAUGUUUUCUAUACAAAAGAAGUGAGUUUAAAGUUUAGUUCGUAUUAAGCUCAUUCGACUGAAAUUUCUUUAUAUUAUGGUACCAAUCUUACCUGUGAACAUGUUUUAUGCAACCGAGUAUGUUACAUUUUGUAUGUUGAAAAAAAAAACAUUUGUAUGAGUCCCUUUCGGGUUUUGAUCUGCAAAUUAUUUACAAUUCCUCACCUUACAUCACUAUUUUGACAGUCUUUGGAAACUGGCAGUACAGUACUUAAUGUAUAUGUCCCAAUUGCGAUGAUUUUGGAUCGUCCCAAAAACAGAUAAAUAUGGCAACAAUGUAUUCAAAUAAAAUCUUAAUUAUACAUCUUUGUGCUUUUGGGAUGAUAUAAGAACUCCAAUUUGGUGUACUUGGUACUUAAUAAUUUUUAAAUUAUGCAAGUAGUGUGCUGGUUUUUUAAGACUAAAUUCAUUUGUUAAGUUAUCUCUCCUUUGAAAUUGUAAUUGCAUUUUUUAUUAAGCGUAUGAAUGUAAACAAAGCUGUGUAGAUUGAUAUAAAAACUUUGAUGUA